CACGUAUGUGUAACCGUAACUUUCUUUUACGGGAGUUUUAUUAAAAUGGCGGCUGAAUUCCGUGAAGAUGAAAUGAAUUCAGAAAAUUCUGAGAGUGCACUCCUAAAUAGAGCAAUAUCAAACGAAUCUAUGAGUAAUUCAACAACUGAAAAAGAAGAUGUUGUCACAGAUCAAAGAAGUAUACAUCUUAUUCUUGAAGGCUGUAACAGCAAGGAAGGUUUAAAUUUUGAAGUCAAUUUGCAACCAGAAAAGAUUGUUGAAGUUUUUAGUUUGCCAGAUGGAACUCAGUCUUAUCGUGUCCGCUGGAAAGACACUUGGAUCCACGAACAACUGAUCACUUCGUAUCAACAUCUUGUAGAAGAAUUCUGGCAAGAUCAAAACAAGCAGAAUGAUGAAUGUCUAACAAAAAAGAUUGAUUUUGAUAUUGAAGAGGAAAAGCCUGCCCAACCUAAUGAGGAAGUAAAAGUAAUUCUUCUUCAACCGAAUACUAAUGCUGAUGGAAAUGAAAAUGCUAAGGAACAGUCCGAUGAAGAACUGAAUUUUGAAGGUACUCCUGAUCAACCAGAUGACGACGAUCCUACUAACCUUGAUGAAAACGAAGUAAAAGAGGAAUCAGACGAGAGUCCCAAAAGUCGCAAGAGAAAGACUACAAGCUCGUUCAAACGUUCUGGAAAGAAAUUCAGAGGACGACCCAAAAAGACGUCUGAUACUAGAAAGUCGACGAAAAAACAAGCUGGGGAAGAAGAAAAAGAGAACAAGGACGAAGACUGCACAAAAGUGGACAAUAUGGGACAGGCUAGCAACGACGAAAGUAGUAAACCAGAGGGCCUGAUGCAGCCUAAGAAAGAGGAAGGUACCAGUAAGCAAAGAAAAGCAAGAGAGAAGAAAGACAAGUUUCUCUACCCCGAUGACAAAGGUCCGUGCACCUGCGAUAUAUGUGGCAAAGUUAUUUCAAAUAAGUAUGGUUUGCGCGAACAUCAAACAGUAGUUCAUUUUAAAAAUGGUCGCUUCGAAUGUGAGAUUUGCGGGAAGAGAGUGACUAACAAACGCGCGCUCAACCUUCACAUGACGUCCCACUCGACCGAACGGAAAUUUGUUUGCGAGCAGUGUGGAAGUAGCCAUAAGACGAAAGGUAAUUUAAAUUAUCACAUCAAGACCAUGCACACUAUGAUCAAAAACUUUCGCUGCGACAUUUGUUUCAAGACGUUUAAGGUGCAAGCUGAAUUGAAAGAUCACUGUUUUUCCAUUCAUGCAAACGCUGGAGUCAUCACAUGUAUCGUGUGUAAAAAGAAAUUGACCACUGCGCUGUCGAUAUAUACCCACAGUGUUAUGCAUUCAGGUGCAAGAGAGUACGAAUGCGACAUUUGUGGUUACGCGUUUAAAACGGUCACGGGACUUAAAGAGCACAAAGUGACUCAUUCCGAUAACAAGCCGAUACGUCAAUGUCCGUACUGCGAACGAAAGUUUUUCUCAAGGUCACAGUACAACGCGCACGUCAUGCGUCACACAGCGGAUGGAAGUUUAAUCACGUAUAAAUGUCCCAUGUGCGAAGUAAAAUUCCAACACAAGUCUAGUUAUAAUCGUCACGUGAUUCGACACCAACCUGGUGGAGAUUUAGAAUUUCCGAAAGAGAAUCCAUAUUUGUUGCUCGACGAAGCUGAUCUUCCGGAGGGGGUGUGUCAUAAAUGUCGAAAGUACUAUAGUUCAAAGUCUGGCUUUUAUUUGCAUCUAAAGAAAUGUCGGGACGGUAUUAUUCAACAAUUCCCAUGUCCGUAUUGCGAGCGAGGCUGCUCGAACAGAUCAAGCUUGAAACGUCACAUAGAGCGGCGUCAUAAAGGCAUGGAAUUUGAAGGAAGAACUAUUCAAAGUCGAGAAAUUCAGAAAGAGGAUAGCGCUGAAGCCACCGUUAUUUCUCAACAGGAUGGAAUGCAGUAUCCAGGCACUUACUUCGAUGUGUCGCAACUACCCGCCGUCGAUGUCCAGCUAUUGAUAGAUACAGCCACUGCUCAAGGCGACGGGCAAACAGCCCAUAUCCUCAGUAAUAUUGGUCAAGUAACACAAGGAGAAGAAAAUGGGCAAAAUCUCCAUAUUUUGAGUUCUCACGAGGCUGCUCAAUUUGCUGCUCAGCUCACACAGCAUGGGGUUAUAGUUAGAAGUUCUGAUGUGUCGCACGGACAAGGUCAAGAUCAGCAGCAGCUCAUUGUCAGCUCAGCACAAAUAGACGCGCAUACAGGACAAAUCAUUGUAAGUGAGGGGCAAACAACACAACUUAUUGGCAACGCAGAAGCUUUGGGGACAACGCAGCUCGCGAAUGAAAAUUCUGGACUAACUUUACAGGCUGAUGAUCGCAACCUGCUUCAAGACGAAAACGUUUUACAAUUCAAUAACCGCACCGCUGUCAUACGAAUCCAACACAAUCCGGCUGAUAACAUCGGCAAUCAACAGGUGUUGACAAUAACAGACCAGCAGUUGCAAGACACACCCGUUCAGCUACAAGGACACAUAAAUAACGAAAAUGUUAGUGUAACCGAACUGCAGAGUUCGACAGACAUCAAUGACAUUAACGCAGACAACAUUGACGAGCAGCAAUUUAUACAAGAGGAGCAAAUAGUGUCAAAUUUGACUGAGGGCGAUGUUGAACACGCAUACGAUGGUAUUAACAUGUAAAUAUGACGACGUCGGACACGUAUACGACGGUAGUUACAUGUUAACAUGGGGAUAUCGGGCAUGUAUAUGACUGUAUACAUGUAUAUAUGGCGACAUUCACACACGCAUACGACUUUGGUUACAUGUACAGAUGGUGCUGAAAUUAACUGCUGUUCUGCUAAUACGUAACGAAUCAAUCAAAUGGAUUAAUCUAGAAAGAUUUUCGAAUUUUUAAUUUUACUCAGCUUGAGUAUGAUGACAUAAUGUAUUAUAUUUAUAUUUGUUGUCAAUCGUGUUUAUUUUAUUGUUGGGUAUUUCUCAUUAGCAAUAAAAUAUCAAACAUUUGCA